AUGAACAAGAUUGGCUUCUGUAUUGGUCGUUUCUCUUACAACCGAAGAUUAAUUAGUCCUUUACCUCCUAAUCUUGGCAGCCAAGGUUUUCGCCAAUACUUGAAAGACAAAGUGACAUUGAAAGCCCUUUUCAAUGAAGAAGAACUUGCUGAGAUCAAGACGGGGCAUUCUUCGCUUGCAAGUCCACUACCUAGCCAAAUUGCUGUUUUAUUGGACAACAUCAAGGCUGCAGGCACCUUUGACGCAAUGUAUUGCUAUGUUUUUGCAUUCCAUGUUGAGCUAACAACCAUUGUGUUUAACGGAGAAAUUGAGAACAUUGCUUCUGCUGUUGUCAUUAACGACAAGCUUGGUGGUGUUGAAGUCGCUACUGAAAAGAAAAUCGAUUUAACAAAGGUAUUGAACGAAGCUAAUGUUAAGCUUCCUCUUUUAUUGGCUGCCCAACUUCAACGGUUGGGCAAUUCAGGCGAUUUAUGCAACAGCAACCUCAUUCUUUUUAUUUAUUGUGAAUUGUCUUGUGGUAUUUUAGGGCUGCAAAUUCAGGUCAUGGUCCUUGACUCGCCUUCUGGAGGCCUUAUAAUAUUGAAGAAGACAAGGUCUCUCCCCUUCCCACAGCAUAUCCAACAAGCACAUGCUUGCUUGGUACCUUUGUUGGCUGUACUGUAUAACUGCAGAGUGCUGCUGAAUGCCACUGCUUCAAAAAUCAAUCAUCCUCCACAAACUAUAGAACUUUUCUUUAUUACUGUUAUUGUAUUGUUGCUUCUAAUUGUUGCUAUUUGUCUUUCGUGA